AUGGUGACAAUCUCAAACGGAACGCUGGUGGGCUCUCAGAACCCAACCUACGAUCAGGACUUUUUCCUUGGGAUCCCAUACGCCCAGCCGCCCGUAGGGAAUCUUAGGUACAACCACCCGAAGCCGAUCAACGCGUCCUGGAAUACCCCAAAACAUGCCACUUCCUAUGGCUUCUGGUGUCACUCGGCGCCCCUCUCUCUUCCGGGUUUUACACAGGAUGGCUUUCCACACGAGGAAAACGAGGACUGUCUAACUUUGAACGUUGUCCGCCCGUCAGGUAUAGACUCCACCGCAAAGCUUCCUGUCUUGGUAUACAUCUACGGGGGCGGUCUUCAGGAAGGCGGCAGCGCCGACCAACGAUAUAACAUGUCAUUCAUAGUCCAGGAAUCCGUCAAGAUGGGACAUCCCACGAUAGGUGUCAGUUUCAACUAUCGCGUGUCUGGCUUGGGUUUCCUAUCUGGUCGCGUGAUCAACGAGUCCGGCCUUGCAAAUCUCGGGCUCUAUGACCAGCGUCUCGCGCUCCACUGGAUCCAAGAGAAUGUUGGCGCGUUUGGUGGUGAUCCAUCGCGAGUGACGAUUCAAGGAGAAUCAUCUGGAGCGCUUUCGGUGGGAUACCACCUCCUUGCGUAUGGUGGACGCGACGACGGGCUGUUUCGCGCGGCCAUCGGUCAGAGUGGUGCCCCUCUCAUUUCGGCUGCGUUGGCACCGAUAGACGAACAGGACGCCAUGUACAAUACUGUUCUGAACGCCACUGGCUGUGAUGGGGUCAAGGAUAGUCUCGGAUGCCUGCGGCGCGUCCCGGCAAGCCUGUUGAAAAGCGCGUUUCAGCAGCAGUUCUUCUUUCCCGUGAUGGACGGCGGCAUAAUUGCCGGAUAUUCCUCCCAAGGCCUUAAAGAAGGACGGUUUGUGAAAGUUCCGUUGCUGACCGGAACAAACACAAACGAAGGAACGGGGUAUAUUGCCUCUGGGUCAUUUGGCGCCAUCAGCACCCCUAACGACUUCAAGGAUGUAAUAACGGGCUUCGGGCCUGGAAAGUAUCUUUCAAACGACACCUUAACUGCCAUUGUUAGUGAGUAUCUGGAGAAAAUGUCACUGGAAGAUGUCCAAAAUGACUUGGCAACCGUCCUCAUAACACCUUCGCCGAAAUAUGGGACCCUAUACGGACAAAGUACUUUAUACAUUUCAGACUACCUCUUUAACGCCCCCAGGCGACAUAGUUCACGUAUAUGGGCCCAUCACGGCGCUCCUCUCUAUAGCUAUCGCUUUGAUAUUGUUCCAAACGGUAUAUCGCCCGAAGUCCUUGGCGUUUGUCACUUCCAGGACGUUGCCUUUACCUUUCAAAAUAUGCUUGGUGUUGGCUUCGAGACCCCUCCACUCGCUUCGACGGAUGAAGGGCUAGAGGAGAAAUUCAGGGAAGCCAGCGUUUUGAUGAGUCGUAUGUGGCUGAACUUUGUGAAUACACUAUCACCAAAUUACUACCAAAAUAGCAGGGCAGAUUUCGUCUGGCCCACUUACCGGUGUGACUCUGCUGUCAAUGUUGUAUUUGACACCGAAGGACUUAGACUGGAAAAUGAUACCUGGCGACUUGAUGCAAUCGAUCGGAUUAUCGAUGCCUUUGGGGAGUAUAGAUUUUAA